AUGGCGAGGAAGCCCAAGCUUCACUACUUCAAUGGACGAGGCCGAAUGGAGUCCAUUCGGUGGUUCCUGGCCGCAGCAGGAGUAGAGUUUGAAGAAGAACUUUUUGAAACACGUGAGGAAUUUGAGAAAUUGAUCCAAGAGGGUAUACUGAUGUAUGAACAAGUGCCCAUGGUUGAAAUCAAUGGGAUGAAUUUGGUAGAAACCAGAGCUAUCCUAAGAUACCUAGCUGCAAAAUACGACUUGUAUGGAAGGAACCUGCAGGAACAAGCCUGCUGGCCAACGCCCAAGAUUAGGAGCCAGGUCUCUAAACUUCUAGAAGACUUUCUGCUAAAUCACCCUGACUUUAUCUGCUGGGCUCUAAGAGACCACGGGCAAGAUUUCCUUGUGGGCGAUCAGCUGAGCUGGGCCGAUAUACAGCUCCUUGAAGUCAUCUUAAUGGCUGAAGAGUGCAAACCCAGUGUCCUCGCAGGUUUCCCUCUGCUACAGGAAUUCAAGGCCAGAAUCAGCUACAUUCCCACAAUUCACAAAUUUCUGCAGCCUGGAAGCCAAAGGAAGCCUCCACUAGAUGAAGGCUCCAUUGAGACUGUGAAGAACAUAUUCCAAUUUGAACGUGGCAUGUUUCUCAAAAACAUGGGCACUAUAGUGGCCAAGUAUUAA